UCAGGUGCUUGUGUAGCUGGCCCCCAGAGCAGGACAGGGGGAGGAUAUUGAACAACUCAAGCAUCAGUUCAAGGGCUUAAUUCAAGCAAAUUAAUGGCAAGAGAUGGAGGGGCUGGUGAAAGAAACAAGAAACCCCGAGAGAGACAUGAAUGCUAUCAGAGAUUCUUGUUGUAUGUAGAGAUUAGAACACAAGCAGAAAUAUAGAACAGUGACAGAUUUCUGAAGCAGAGGAGUAGACACAGAACAGAUGCAGUUACCCAGAAUACUGAUUAAGAUGUGAAGGGGAAUAUAAGAAAAGAUACAGAAUAUAGGUAGAAACAUUGAGCACACUCAGGUACAUUGUCAAGGACUCAGACCCAUCCUUGGUUCUGGAGUCCAAAACCUCAGGCCAUUUUCUUUUUAGGACAAUCAGAGAUAUGGGAAACAGAUGAAGAUGAAGAAUACCAGCAUAGAUGUAGGAUUAAGGAGGGACAUGAGUCACAGGCCAUAGAUAUAGAUAUGAGCUUUAGGGAGAAACAUAGAAUAGAGGAAAUAACAUGGAUUGCUAGUAAAGAUUCAUUGGAUAAAGAAAUACCAGGAGGAAGACAGAGACAUGGUCUAUGGAACACAAGGCAGAAAUAACACCAGUUAACACACAGGAAUGUUAUGUGACAUAAGAUGAAGAAUGAGACACAAAUAUAGAGAAAUAUAGAUGUCAAGGUUGUGGUAGGGAGUAUUUCUGCUUCAUGUGAAUUAAAUUAAAUUGGAUUAGAUGAUCUUUGUGAUCCCUUCCAGUUCUAGGAUUCUACACUUCUAUGAUUAUCUUUUAAAAAACAAAGCAUUAUAUGGGGAGACACGAGGACAGAAACAAUGGGCACACAAGCAGCAAGAGCAGCCACAUGAGAAGAUGAUCAAGAUAACUGCUAAAUUCCUAUCUAGCAAACAUGAAGACAGCCUCUUUUUUUAAAGUACCAAAGGCAAUGAGAUAUACUAGUCUUUGAAAUCAGAAUGCCAACCAUUUAUUUUCUACGGACUUUUUUUGUAGUUAUGGUUUUUGCUUCGAUUUUGUGGUUACUAUCAUUCUAUUGGUUGAAGUUCAUGGAAAAUGAACCCAGAAGAAGAAAGGUAUCCUUGGCUCUGUGCAGAGGACAGAUUGCCAGAGGUUCGAUUACCCCAUUAGAAAAUACCAGAACUUUUAUCAUUGCACCUUAUUUUGAUAGAAGAUUUAGAAAUCUAACCCGAGUGAUCAGCAUCAUUCAUCACAAAGACGUAAAAGAGCUUUACUGCUGGUUUUGCUGCCAAUCUUCUGGCAACAUUUCUGUUAUCAGAGCAGGGAUAGAUGUUCUUGGUGAUAGGUUUGGAUUUCCUUACAGUGCUGCUAAUCUGCUCUGUGAAAUUCCUCAAAACUGUAAUGCCCAGUAUAUGUCAAUUCACUGGGCCAAGCAAGGAAACUUCAACCAAAUGCCAUGGUUUGAAAUAAGAAACCAAGAAACCUGGAACCCGUCUUCUGAAUUCACUGUGUGUAUCUCCCCCCUAUUUGGAAAUUAUAAUAAUGUUUUGCAAUUUAUACAAAGCAUUGAAAUGUAUAAAAUUCUUGGGGUUCAGGAAAUCAUGAUCUACAAAACCAACUGUAGCCAACUGUUGGAAAAAGUCCUGGCAUAUUAUAUCAACGAAGGGACAGUACAAACAAUUUCGUGGCCUAUAACAUCCUUCCUCAAUGUUUCACCUGCCUCACAUUUUUCUAAAAUGAAGGGAGACAUUGGUUACUAUGGACAGCUGACAGCCCUCAAUGACUGCCUCUACCGAAAUAUGUUAAAGAGUAAAUUUGUGUUACUGAAUGACAUUGAUGAAAUCUUACUGCCCAAAGACUUUCUCAACUGGACCACCAUGUUGAGAAAAAUAAAAGCAAGUAGCCCACAUGCUGGUAUUUUCCUGUUUGAGAAUUUUGUCUUUCCAACGUCAAUAUUUACUUCUAAUUCCAAAUACAACAUUUCAUCAUGGAGGGUCUACCCUGGAGUGAACAUCUUGCAACAUGUGUACAGAGAAGUCUACCAACCUUGGAAGUAUAAGCCAAAGAAAAUGAUGGUUUCUCCCUUCAAUGUUAUUCAAAUUUCUGUCCACAGGGUAUUGAGAGGCUUUGGUCCUCAAUUUCAUGUUUCCCCAGACUUAGCUUUCUUUUACCAUUGUAGAUAUGUUCAUCCUAGGGAUAUUUCUCAGAAGCUUCUGGUUAGGGAUCACACAAUCUGGCAGUUUGGUCCAUCCUUAGUAAAAAAGGUUAACCAAGUUGUACAAAAGUUAUUCCCACAAAAUGGGAUAUGAAUGUUAAUCUUAUCAUUCCAAGUUAAAUGAAGUCCAAGUUCUGGAACAGGUCUCAGCAAAGCCAAAGGAAAUUCUAGCUGCUCAAACUACCCAUUGGAUCAAUAACAACCAGACAAAAGAAAUGGUGAAAGCUAUCCAGACUAGACAGUCAAGUCUGAGAAACUUCAGAAAAGAGAUGUCCUAAGAAACUCAGGAAGGUCCUAAGAGCAAGAGAAUGGUCUUAGAAUAGCAAUUCAGAAGAAUAAAUUCUUAUCUACACACAUUGAGAUGGAAAAAUUUUUUAAACUUUUCACUAGUUGGUAAAAAUGUGACCAUUGAGAAAUAUAAAAUCCUGGGAAUCGAUAUUUUUAAAAUUAGUUCCUCAUUUAAUUUACAAAGAAUCUUUUGAAUCAUUGUUUCAAAUUUUCUUUUUCACUAUCAAAAUAAAAAAGAUUUAAAGUCUUUCAAAUAAACAUAU